GUCCGGCUGGAGCUCCACAACCUGUCCGUGUCCAUCUCCUGGGCCUUCCAAUUCUGGGAAAGCUGGCAUCCCUGGUUGUUGAUCUGCACGUACUCAGUACACCCUGGCGAGAAGCAGUUUAGAGUCAUCUCUAAUCGGCUCAUCGGCUCAUCCCACAGGCCUCCCGCCUUCCCGAGUCCUCCCAAGCAGGCUCCAACGAGCACGCAUAGACCCGCCUGAUAAUCCAUGUAGGCUGUCUACACACGUAACAUGGCAGAUGCUAUGGAACUUGAUGAUCGUCCGCGGGGCACGAAGAGGAAGGCGGCAGAUGUCGACGGACUAAAUGUCCCCCGUAGAAUCAAGGCUCUCGACCCAGAUGUGGUCAACAAGAUAGCGGCUGGUGAAAUUAUUGUUGCACCGGUCCACGCUCUAAAGGAGCUGAUGGAAAAUGCGGUGGACGCAGGCUCGACUUCCUUGGAAAUACUGGUGAAAGACGGCGGCUUGAAACUCCUUCAGAUUACCGAUAACGGGUGUGGCAUCGAUAAAGAAGACCUCCCAAUCCUCUGCGAGCGCUUCACCACAUCCAAGCUGCAAAAGUUUGAGGACUUGACCUCCAUAGCCACCUACGGCUUCCGAGGCGAGGCGCUCGCGAGCAUAAGCCACAUAGCCCACCUCACUGUCACCACCAAGACGAAGGAUUCGAGCUGCGCGUGGCGUGCCCAGUAUGGUUCCGGCAAGCUGGUGCCGGCCAAGCCCGGCCAGGCACCAGAUCCUAAGCCGGUGGCAGGACGGCCCGGCACGCAGAUCAUGGUGGAAGACCUCUUCUACAAUGUGCCGACGCGUCGCCGUGCUUUCAGGUCCGCCUCGGACGAGUACAACAAGAUCAUCGACAUGAUCGGGCGGUACGCCGUCCACUGCAGUCAUGUUGCUUUUUCCUGCAAGAAGCAUGGCGAGUCGUCAACUAGUGUCGCCAUUCAAACCAGCGCCACAGUCGUUGACAGGAUACGUCAGAUAUACGGGGGCAGUGUUGCCAAUGAGCUAAUUGAGUACUCGACAGCCGAUGAUCGUUGGGGCUUCAAGGCACGGGGUUGGGCCACCAACGCGAACUACAGCAUCAAGAAGACAACCCUGUUGUUGUUUAUCAACCAUAGAUGUGUCGAGUCGUCUAACAUACGGAAGGCGAUCGACCAAACAUACGCAGCCUUUCUGCCCAAGAGCGGCCACCCCUUUGUCUAUCUCAGCCUCGAGAUCGACCCGCAACGGGUGGACGUCAACGUCCACCCCACCAAGCGGGAGGUCAACUUCCUCAACGAAGAUGAAAUUAUACAGGCGGUCUGCGAGCAUAUCCGCUCCAAGCUGGCCGCAGUCGACACCAGCCGAACUUUCAUGACACAGACAUUGCUUCCCGGGGGUGCGUGGUCAUCUCCUGCUGCUCAACGCCAACAACAGCGAGGUUCCGACAGCACACCUGCGUCCAAGUCUGGCGGCAGCGCCAAGACGCCCGCCCGGGCGUAUGAGAACAACUUGGUGCGGACCGACACGAAUCUCCGCAAGAUAACUAGCAUGCUCCCCCCUACCGGUGGGCCCUCUGGGGGCACCUCUUCCCCGUCAGCGAAUCGCUCCAAUGCCGGCCUAUCAUCAGCUGCCGGCCAGGCCGACCAGCCUGACUACGAGGUCGUCGACCGCGAAGCCGUCGGCUGCCGCCUGGCCAGCGUGCGGGAGCUCCGGGCCGCCGUGCGCGACGACAUGCACAAUGACCUGACGGACGUGUUCGCGACCCACACGUUCGUCGGCAUCGUCGAUGAGCGCCGACGCCUCGCCGCCAUCCAGGGCGGCGUCAGGCUGUUCCUCGUCGAUUAUGGCCGAGCCUGCUUUGAGUACCUGUACCAGCUCGGCCUGACUGACUUUGGCAACUUUGGCAUCAUCCGCUUCAGCCCGCCGCUGGACCUUAGGGAGCUGCUGAGGAUGGCCGCCGAGCAUGAGGUGGUCCUGGCAGCUGCCUCGAAGGCGUCGCGCCGCAGGAACAAAGGCAAGGGAAAGGGCAUCAGUAGAAGUGACCUCGGAGAUGAUGACGACGAUGACGACGACGACGACCAAGAGGAGCAGGGAGGGCAGCCCGACGUGAACGCCAGCGAGCUCGUCGAGCUCGUCGCCAAGAAGCUCAUCGAGAUGCGGGAGAUGCUCCUCGAGUAUUUCUCCCUCGAGAUCUCCCCGGCCGGCGAGCUGCUGAGCAUCCCGCUCCUCAUCAGGGGCUACACGCCCUCCAUCGCCAAGCUGCCCCAAUUCCUGCUCCGCCUCGGCCCGAGGGUCAACUGGGCCGACGAGAAGGCCUGCUUCGACACGUUCCUCAGGGAGCUCGCCUCCUUCUACGUCCCCGAGCAGCUGCCGCCCUCCUCACCCGGAUCAACGGGCCCCGCCGCCGCCGCCGCGGGGGACGACGACACGGGCAUGGGCAUGGGCAUGGGCAUGGGCAUGGACGUGGACGUGGACGUGGACGCGGACGCGGACUCGGUCGCCGACGGGGAGCUGGAGUCCCGUAGGAGGCACGUCCGCCGGGCCGUCGAGCACGUCUUCUUCCCCGCCUUCAAGGCCCGGCUGGUGGCGACCCGGUCGCUGAUGUCGGGUGGCGUACUCGAAGUCGCGAACCUCAAGGGUCUGUACCGAGUAUUUGAGAGGUGUUGAUAUAAUAAGAUGGGCUUGGGGAAGGAAGGGUGACGGUCAGGCUUAAGAGGGGGGUACCUCUAAUCCCCUACCUAGCCCUAGUAAUCAUGUAUUUGUCUCGAUCUUGAGAAUCACAAUGUUUUGGCCACAACCCCAACAAUCAUCAAUGUGGUGUCCAGUCUAGACUAAUCAAAGGAAGACUCUAACACGGGGGUUUCAUCUAGGCACCUAGACAAUCACUCAUCAAGAAGAAAGGAGCAUCAAGUGGACGAGCACUUGGGGCAAAACAAGGGACAAAAUGAGAGACAUCCAUUUCGAUAUCUAUUUAGCAAGCACGGCCGUUCUCAGAUCCGGCCAGCCUCCCUGCUUCUUUCUCUCCACGACG